AUGGCCUGGUUCUCGCAUAUCCACAUCCUAAAGCUGUUCCUCGAGUCAGGACUGGAGACAGCGCUCAUUCUGGAAGAUGAUGUGGACUGGGAUGUCCGUCUUCGCACCGUGCAAGUUCCACAUAUUGCGGCAGCAACUCGCACGCUCUUUCGGUCGCAGGCUGAGUACUACGGCAACAGCUCUGCCUGGGAUCUCCUGUGGCUGGGCCAUUGUGGAGAUUGGUUCCAGACGAUCGACAAGGGGAUAGGUCCAGGCCACCAUUUCCCUUCCAACCUGACAGCCUUGGAGCACAAACUUUUCCGAGAUAACACUCUUCCCGAUCGGCCGGAUCUUCAUCCGUACACCAAAAGCUUCUUGGAUGCCCUGGAAAUACCCGAGAAGACCCGUGUUGUGCACCGAUCUCGCCUUCCUCUCUGCACCUUCGGCUAUGCAGUGACGCGUUCGUCGGCGAAGUGGAUAAUCGAGGACCUUGCGUCGGUACAAAAUCCUCCGGAUCCGGCAUAUGACAUGGCGGUCAUGCAUGGGUGUCGAAGAAGAGGCAUGCGCUGCUACACGGUCAAUCCGGAAGUAUUCCACCAUGUCAUGGGUGACAGUCUUAUAGCCGUAGCAGAUGCCAAGGAGGAAGUGCAUCUCCCUCCCGUGGAUGCAGAGGCUUUGGCGCAGAGUAGAAGUCGGAAGGAGACAAGUAAUAUCGACUGUGGGUUCUGGAGCGGCGAUUUCGACUUCCAAGACGAGCAGAAGUUGGAGAUGCUGCGAGAAGAGGUGGGACGACAAGGGAAAUGCUUGAAACCGGACCGUCAUCACUGA